AUGACUGCAAGAGCCAGAGGUGAUCCAGAGGUGAUGGAUGACUCUGAGGCAACAUUGUUCAGACACAACAGGGAUGAUGCAUGGUCUUUCACUGAACCUAAAGCUUAUCAGUUUGGCUCUGUUGACUGGAUAAUGGGCUCUAAGAAUGAGUCUGUUCCACUGCAGGUCACUAGCAAUGGGAUUGCAGACACACGUUUCCAUUCCUGGCAUUUACGUGGGAACUUGAAUGCAGACCUUCAUGUUACCACACUAAAGCUUUACAAUGGAAUAAGAAAGCAUCUUCAGUCAGUGCACAGUCUGAGACCCACUGCCAGCAAGGGAGGCUCCAGCGCGGGCUGCCCAGCCCCCUCCACGAUGUCCAAGGCAGAGGAGUCUAAGAAGCUGGCGAGCCACACGGUACUGGAGAACAACGUGAAGAAUAACGAAGUGCUGGGAAUUGGAAGUGGUUCUACAAUUGUCCAUGCUGUUCAGCGAAUAGCUGAAAGAGUGAAGCAAGAGAAUCUGGACCUCAUCUGCAUCCCCGAGUCUUUCCAGGGUUUCUCAGCCAGACAGCUUAUUUUGCAGUGUGGCUUAACCCUCAGCGACCUGGCUCAACACCCAGAGACUGAUCUUGCCAUCAAUGGUGCUGAUCAAGUGGAUGCCGAGCUCAAUCUCUUUAAGGGCAGUGGAGGCUGCCUGACCCAGGAGAAGAUUGUAGCUGGUUUAGCCAGUCGUUUCAUUGUGAUCGCGGAUUUCAGGAAAGAUUUAAAGAACCUUGAUGAUCCGUGGCACAAGGGGAUCCCUAUCCAGGUCAUCCCAAUGGCUUAUGUCCCAGUGAGCCGAGCUGUGACCCAGAAGUUUGGGCGCGAGGUAGAACUUCGAAUGGCUGUCAACAAGGCAGGGCCUGCGGUGACAGAUAAUGGGAAUUUUAUCCUGGACUGGAAGUUUGACCGGAUGCACAAGUGGACUGAAGUGAACACAGCUAUCAAAAUGACUCCAGGUAUGGUGGACACCUGCCUGUUCAUCAACAUGGCAGAGAGAGUUUACCUUGGGAUGCAGGAUGGCUCAGUGACUGCGAGGGAAAAGCCCUUCUGA